CCUAGUGCCAAAUUUCUCCCGCCAGUCAGCUUGAUCGAGUUUAUAAAUUUAUCUGGGAUCGCGUAAUCUAAUAAAAGUUUGUUAGAAUGCCCAAAAACAAGAAAACUUCAAGUUCUUCUGAUAGUGACAGUGAUUCCGGUCCGGAGGAUAGAAACGCACCGCCAGCGAAGAAAUCAAAAGCCGGCAAGGAGAAAGGCGCCAAUGAAUCCAGUAGUAGUAGCGGCGGUACUGCUACAGAUAAUCCCAAGGGUCCAUGGACUAUUGAGAAAUUACGCCAGGUGCGCAUAAACGAGUUCAAGGGUCGCAAAAUGGUGGACAUAAGAGAAUUUUAUGAGAAAAAUGGCGAAAUUCUGCCGGGUAAAAAGGGCAUAUCGCUGCACAUACAUCAGUGGAAAAAAUUACUUGAACUUGCACCCGAAGUGAAUAAAGCUUUAGGCGAAUAAAUUACUCAUACCAGUUUUGUUGUAUUUAUUUUUUCUUUUAUACGAAUAUGAAAUAAAUUGAAUUCAGUAGAUAA